AUGGAGGGAGGGAUCCGCAACUAUGCCAAUUCCUCGUUGUCCACCUUGUCGUUGCCUCUGCCUGGAGGGCUGCAAGCUGUGGGCAAACGUAGGCUAUUACUGAUUUACAUUCAUGGCUUCAUGGGAUCUGAAGCCAGCUUUCAUGAUUUUCCAGCACAUGUUCAUGAUCUGGUGACGGAGUUACUGAGCGAGUCGCAUGUGGUAUAUACCCGCAUUUAUCCUCGAUACAAGUCUCACGGCGAGUUACAAACAGCCGUGAGCCAAUUCAGCUCCUGGUUAUCACCUCAUGAAGCUGAUGAUCUGGAUGUCAUCUUGCUCGGACAUAGUCUCGGCGGGAUUCUUGCCGCAGACGUUGCUCUCCUGCAACAAGAUGGGAGAGCCACACAUCGAAUACUGGGACUUGUGAACUUCGAUGUCCCCUUUUUGGGGCUACACCCUCGCGUGAUCCCCACGGGGAUAAUGGGCUCUAUUCCCAGGAAAGACGUAGCCCCCGAAGAUCAACUUGCGGAUGAGCAAGAGUCUCUUGGAUUGGAACCUGCCUACAAGCCCUUCACUCCAAGUCCCAACUUUGACCCUCCAUUCAGAAAUGAUGUUCGUGUCGUUCAACGUGGUUUCUUGAAAGGUGUAAUGCAUUUUGUCAAUAAGAACACCGACAAUCUCUCGCGCUCCAUUUUCGACCGUCUGGUGUCACCAGUAAAGUUUGCAAACUGCGUCAAUAACUACUCUGAACUCCGCCAGCGACAUAGACGGCUGAUAGAGCUUGAAGGUGCUGAAUACAAGCCUGAAAGAGUACGAUUUGUCAACUACUAUACCACCAGUACUGGUCGAAAACCACGGAAAGCCAAAGGAGAUACCACAUGUGAGACCUUGAAUAAGCUCGACGAGACACCUGCAGAUGAGCCUACAGAGAAAGAGGUACCCGAGGAGAUGCCAGAGUCGCUCAUGGAGAAAAUCAAGCUCAACGAUGAUAUCGAACCCACACCCCCACCUCUGCCCACACGGAAACCUCCAGAGAUACCAAAUGCUUUACAACAACCAGAGGCAGCUCCAUCUACGAUCAGCAUCUCACUCCCCGACAAUCAAAGCCUGGAGUCUGUCUCAUCAGACUCCACUCUCGCAGCCCAAGAGGCAAGCCCCGAGGAUGGUCGCCCAUCGAUGGAGACACCCAGCAUAUCAUCAUCUACGACGCUUGAUCCAGGGAGUGAGAAGCUUUCUGGAAGCGUCUCCACCUCGACAUCACAGUCCGAGCAGGACCCAGACACAAAUAAACGGAAACUCCGCAAAUUCAUCCUCUUACCAUCACAUCAUUGGAAAUACAACGACAAUUCUCACUGGACCCCAGUGUUGAUGGAGGAUAUGAACGAGGUAACGGCGCACCAGUCCCUGUUUGUUCCACAGGGGGCAAAUUACGACUACCUGGUUGGGGAUACUGUGGCAUUGAUCGAGCAAUGGAUUCAGACUGAUCUCAGUCGACGAUUGCUGCAGGAAGGUCUCGAUUAG